CAUCUCAAAACUCGGUGAGGUAGACAAAAUAGCAACGUCUAGUUGGGCCCGCCCAUCAUCUUUCUGACUGUAUCUGACGUUAGGUUUUUUUGUACAUAGCUCAAGCUCGAUUUCCCUUUAUAAAUACCCAUGCUGUAUCGCCAUUGCAUAAUCUCACCUUUUCCCGACCACCAUUUCUCAAGAAGAAGAAGAAGUGUUGUGUUGGAUUUUGGCCUUCCCCAAAACUUCUUCUUCUUCUUUCGCAUUAUAUAAAUGGUUUUCCUUGCAAACUUCAUGGCCCAACUUACAUUUAUUGCUUCGAUUUUUGUUCUUAUUCUAUCACAUUCGGUCAUAUCAGGUGUACAAGCAACAACCUUUACCGUAGUAAACAAAUGCGACUAUGUUGUAUGGCCUGGAAUUCUCACAAACGCAGGUGUUCCACCGCUUCCCACUACAGGUUUCACUCUCCAAAGAGGUGAAACCAAGACCAUUGCCGCACCGACAUCAUGGGGUGGUCGUUUUUGGGGUAGAACCCAUUGCUCCCAAGAUUCCACCGGUAAAUUUUCAUGUUUGACCGGCGAUUGUGGCUCCGGCAAGUUCGAAUGUUCGGGGAAUGGCGCUACUCCGCCUGCCACUUUGGCUGAAUUUACUUUAGAUGGCGCUGGCGGACUCGAUUUUUUCGAUGUGAGCUUGGUGGAUGGUUAUAACGUCCCUAUGUUAGUAGUUCCUCAGGGUGGCACAGGGCCGAAUUGUACCUACACCGGCUGCGCGGUGGAUCUUAAUGACUCGUGUCCUUCAGAUCUCAGGGUGAUGAGCGCAGACGGCGGAGACGGCGUCGCUUGCAAGAGUGCUUGCGAGGCCUUCCGCCAGCCUCAGUACUGUUGCAACGGCGCGUAUGCAACACCAGACACCUGCAAGCCUUCUUCGUACUCGAAGAUCUUUAAGACAGCUUGCCCUCUCGCCUACAGCUAUGCCUACGAUGAUAAAACCAGUACUUUCACAUGUGCCAAUGCUGAUUACACGAUUACUUUCUGCCCUUCGCCUAACACCAGCCAGAAAUCAUCAAAAGGGGAAAACGGGGAACCCACAACAACAACAACGCCAACGUCACCUCUUAUAAACAGCACAAUGGUCUACGAAGGUGCCUUGAAUGAAAAUGCAGCAUCACCGUCCACGUGCACCCACGUGUUCGUCGGCAUAACAUUGUUUAUGGCGUUUUGGUGGUCAUGGCCUAUUUCACUAACUUCAUCCAUAUUAGAGGCCAUAUAGGGCUAUAAACUUACGAAAGCCCCAUCAAUAUUUGGGCCUUGUGACCCCAGUAGGCCCAUGAGCGUGGGCCACUAUGACGUGGGAUCCGGGCAGGACUUAAAAGCUCAUCCGUCAAAUCAACGGAAGUUUGCCCAACCAUUUGCUUUUCAACUUGCAACGGUCCAAUGGAGCACUUGAUGGGUGGGGCUGGGGGUGAAGAAGCUAAUGAAGGAAAGGGAGGCUUUUAGGUUUAUUUUAAAGUUAUUUUAGGAUGAAUAUUUUUUUUAUAGUAUAUAUUACAGGAGGGGAGGGGAUGGGAUUCUUUCGAUUGUUGAAUUCAUGGAAUGUAUGGACUAUAUUAGUAUUAUCAUGUACGCUGCCACUACCAACAACUGCAACAUUUGCUUCCAAGCAAAAUGAAAUUAUGACCUGUUUUAUGUCGUA